AUGCUCGACGCCUUCAGCAGUGACGUUGCGAGGGUUAGUCUCCAGCUAUACCGGCGCAAAUCGGCCAGCCUUCACCUGUCGGGCCUGAAGCCAGUGGGAAGUCGCGACACCACCUUUCACGUGCAAGGGGAGCCCUUCAAGACCUUGGCUGACGGAGAUGCCUACAAGUUUCUCCGGAAACCCGUUGGCUACUCCCUGGUCCAAGACUUCUCCAACCUAAACAGCGUAAUUGAUAUCGGAAAGAAGGUUAUGGACUCGAAGCUCGCCCCAUGGCAGAGACUUGACGCCCUGCGGACAUUCUUCUUCCCGGUUCUCCAAUUCGCGAUGAGAACGAAUCAAUUCGGAAAAGGAGUCUGGGGGAAAAUUGACACCAUGGUACGCAGGGAAGUAAAGCGCACCCUAAACAUCCCCAUGGAAGCGGCGAGAGACCUUUACGGCAAGAGAGACAAAGGGAGCCUCGCAAUACCGUGCGCAGCGGAAGACUCGGACCUUUACCGUAUUGACUCCGCCUUCAAGCUGCUCACGUCCAGGGACCCUGACGUCCAGACCAUCGCCGCCGACUACCUCAAAGCGACGUGCGCCAAAAGACUGAAGAGGACACCUUCUGACAGCGAGAUGGGCGAGUUCAUGUCUGGCAGCAUGAAGGGGAACUUCGCGGGCUCGGCCAACGAGGCCCUCAACGUCUGGACGUGUGCCAGAGCCGCUUCCAGAAGACUCGGCGUCUCCUGGACCUUCCAAGACCGCUCGCCAGAGCUUCAGCUGCGGGAUGUCACGGUGCAGGCCGCAGGCAGAAGGAAGCUUACCAAGUCGUUUAGGGAAAAGCUACGCGACGACAGGUCCAGAGCCCUUGCCGCCAAACCCAGUCAAGGCAAGACGAUGGAAUGCGUCGCAGCAGACAAGGCUAGUAGCCAUUUCCUGUACGACGGGAGCUACACAAUGUUCGCUGACUGGCGCUUUGUCCACAGAGCCAGACUGAACUUUGUCCCCCUGAAUGCCUGCAAGCCGUGGCUCCGGGGGAACAAUCGGGCGUGCCGAAGGUGCAAGGCACGAGAGGAGACCCUGCCUCACGUCACAAGCCACUGCAUGAGGAACAGCCAGGCCAUGCAGAUCAGGCACAACGUCGUCCUCAAGCGGGUUGUGAAGGCCGCAGGGCACUCCGCUGAAGUGGUGUCGGUUAACCAAAGGGUGGGUCCCGACAACCUCAACCUACGCCCGGACGCGGUCAUCAAACGCAGACGUGGACGAAGCAGAGACAUUUCUUAUAAAAGACAAUACAGCGGUAUUAAACAUUUAUCAUCUGAACAUAAGGAGCAUAAGGCAAAAUUUAGAUGA